AUGAAGAAACUGUUUACAACCAGUACUGGACGAGGAAGAAACAAUAAUUAUGUGUUCAGAUUGCAAAACUCCAAAUCCAAUUUUAUCGCCGUGUUUGGAUCCGAUCAAACGAUCAGUGUAUUCGAUCGCCACGGAGAGAAGAAAAUCGAAGUACCCUUACCUGGCGAAGCCGUGGAAAUGGUCUGGGAUUGUGAUGGAGAUUAUUUGGCCAUUUUGGAUGAUAAAACAUCUUCUGUGACGUUAUGGGAUGCACUGACAUUUAAAAUAAGUCAAUUGAAUACGGGCAUAAAAGAUCAUUUAAGUGCACUGGCUUGGUCCACUGUCGGAAGUCGUUUGGCAAUCGGUUCUGAGAAAGGAAAUCUUGUCAUCUACAAUCACAAAACUACAAAGAAAGUUUCACUUUUAGGCAAACACAUGCGUAGAAUUGCUUGUGCCGUAUGGAAUCGAGCGAAUGUGUUAGCGCUGGCCGGUGAUGACAAAGUGAUAAGUGUGAACUCAGCUGAUGGGGAUUUGAUCAAACAGUGCACAGUGAGGGAUUUCCCAUCGCAGCUGCAAUUUGCCGACUUGAAGAGAGAUGAUGGAUUGAGACGGGCGGAAAACAAUAUCAGUUGCGUGAUAGGACAGAGAAAUCUCUUCAUUUUGAAUCUGGACGACAUGGAAAAUCCCAUCGAGUUAGAGUUUCAAAAACGCUAUGGUGAAGUAAUGGCUUAUCGAUGGUUUGGCGAUGGAUACAUCAUGAUUGGCUUCUCAGCCGGCUAUUUAAUCGUUAUAUCAACAGAGAAAAGCGAAUUGGGGAAAGAGAUUUAUCAGGUUAGAGAUCAUAAGGACGGAUUGUACGAUCUGGCCGUGUCUGGCACCUUAAGCCGUUGUGCCACAGCCGGCGAUCACAGUGUCAAAGUCCACGAUCUACUCAAUGUGCGUGAGUUGACAGCAAUUAUUGAACUGGAAGAAAACGCGGAGGAGGAUGGGGAUCGAGGUGUGGAUGCACGAACUGUCAGUCUCCAUCCACUCAAGAAUGCUUGUCAAUUGCAAUGGUCAGAUGACGGCCAGUUGAUGGCUGUGGCUACCCCAAGACAACUGCUUCAUGUCUUUCUCAGUCAGUUACCGAUGCUGGCUUCGGUGACACAUUCCAAAGUGACAUGCCUUAGCGCGCGUCUCAGUAUGGAACGUGUAUCGGAAGUCGAGUAUCUGGACGUGGUGAAUCGUAUCUCUGUCGGUGAUCAGUAUGCAGCCAGUUGUGGUCCAACAGGAAAACUCACAUUGCAUUGGAUUGAUCCGAAAACAUUUCCAAUCAAAGACACCACAACCGCCAAUGCACGAAAGGACCUGGAUUCCGGUGAAUCGAUAACUAACCCUGGUCUGGGGACAAAAGAACGCCGCAUGUUUCCUGAACCGAAUCAAACAAACUGCAAAGUGACCGGAUUUCACGUCACCUCACAAUUUAUCAUAUACGCAACAAAUACCGGUCGCUUGUGCUAUUUUCAUUUGGAAGAUUGGGUCUAUUUGAAUGAAUUCCAGCACAGUACCGGCAUUGUCUCUGUGUUUCCAAAUACGAAUGGUACCCGGACAGCGUUUAUCGACGAUCGAUCUUCGGCCUACAUUUACAACCCGGUGAAUGGAGAAUUGAUCGAAUUGCCGGACUUUUCACCGUCAGCAGUGCGUAUACUUUGGGACAUGGAAGAACAGACAAAUCCCACACUGAUCGCGUUUGAUGAUGCACGGCUCAUGGUGUAUCGAUAUUUCACUCAUGGACGUCUGUUAAAUUGUGCUGGUCCAAAAACCAAUGCGGAACUCACCUCAGCUCCGUGUGUGAACACGUCACUCAAAUGUGCCCCUAUUAAGGAUUCCAAGUCACCUGCACAGCUCUCUGGACAAUGCAGAGCUGUGGGUGUAACACGAUUACCGCACGGACAUCUUCCUCUGGCAUUAGUCUCGGGUGAAUUGUGUAUGCUCAGUUCGANCAGUUCGACCGGUCGUCUCAUUCAUCAGCCACUAGCCACACACGCUUUCCGAGCGUACAGUUAUCCGGUUACGCAUGACAUUCGUCCGGUCGAAUCGACCGGCCAGUUGGUAGAAUUGUCUGGCGUGGAACAGACAGACACCGGAUCAACACAACCGGAAAGAAAAUCCGGGUCCGCACGGAAACGCAGUGCGAGACGGGAACAGGCUGUGACAGAUUUGAACAAGCUCGGGCAUACCGAGAUGGCAGAGCAUCCACACUUAAAUUGCAAUCAUCCCGGUUUGGUCCUUGCUGUACAACGAAUUCAAGGAAUCGAAGAUGAAUUCCUAUUGACCGGAUAUGUUGCAAUGCUUCUCAAAGAAUUCGAUCAGGCUCAAGAAUUGUUCCUGGCCUCAUCCCGUCCAACUGCUGCGUUAGAGAUGCGGCGUGAUCUGCUCCAUUGGGACUCUGCCCUACAACUGGCAAGAAAGUUGGCUCCCCAAGAGAUUCCCAUGAUUUGCCGCGAAUACGCCUUGGAGAUGGAAUGCAUAGGGGAUUUUAUGAACGCCUUAAUGCAUUUCGAGCGCGCAUUGACCAAAGUGGAACCCAGAACUAACGGUUAUCUAGAUGAUCCGGAAGAGGAGGGGGUUAUGGAACGAGGUAUGGUGGGAACCAAGGGAGAUCUCGCGUUGUCCGAGGAAGUGCGCGCACGACCGGAUAAGCUCAACGAGCCAUGGCUUUGUUUGCCGGACGAAGAAGACACAGUGUGGCGGGNACAUUUGUCACUAUGCAAUGCUGGAAUCGCGAGAAACGCAAUCCGACUGGGUGAUAUUAAAAGAGGAGUUCAAUUAGCUAAAGAUAGCUGCAAUCCUUCCCUGCAAAAAGAAUGUGCGGACAUUUUGGAACAGUCAAAGCAAUGGCAAGAAGCUGCUGCACUGUACGAACUGGCCGGUUGUUAUGAAGCCGCGGUCUCUGUCUAUUUGCGUUGUAAAAACUACAAGAAAGCCGGUGAUUUGCUACUCACUCGUGUGGUCAACGCGCCUCGAUUACAUCUGCAGUACGCUAAAGCACGUGAGGCUGAUGGUGCUUACCGGGAAGCUGUGGUCGCUUACGAGGCUGCACAUGACUGGGAUUCAGUGGUUCGGUAUGCUCUCAUUCUGUGCUCUGUGAAUGAACGCGUCUGUGCCGGUCGAGAAAUGGUUGUUGGACUUUUGCAUGGAUGCACUACUUCCUUCUUCAUCGUCUUUUUACAAUUAGACAGAUUGAGCAAUCCAGAAGAAGCCGUGCGUGUAGUACACGAAACGAAGAGUAUCGAAGGGGCCAAGAUGAUUGCACAAUACUUCACACGAAUCAAUGAUCACGCAUCCGCUAUCCGAUUUCUCGUGAUGUCCAAGUGUUUGGAUGCCGCGUUCGAGUUGGCCAGAAAGCACAAAAAGAUGGAGCUCUACGCGGAUGUCAUCGGCUCCGAUGCCAGUGUCUCUGAAUAUCAAAGCAUUGCGUGCUACUUUGAGAAUGAGAAAAAUUGGUACUUGGCCGGGAAAUUCUAUCUUCUGGCAAAACAGUACGAAAAAGCAGUUCGUCAUCUAUUGCGUGCUCCUUACACGGAAAACAGCCCGGCGCUCGAGUUGGCUUUGGAGGCUGUUGGUAUGGCUGGUGAUAGUCGUCUCACCCAUCUGUUAAUUGUCUAUCUGAUGGGAGAGACGGACGGUGUGCCAAAGGAUGCGCGUCAUCUAUUUCGCCUGUACAUGGUACUCAAACAAUACAAAGAAGCGGCCCGAACCGCUGUCAUCAUAGCUCGAGAAGAGCAAACAGCUGGCAAUUAUCGCAGUGCUCACGAUUUGUUGUACAGUAUGGUACAAGAGUUGCGUCGUCGAGACCUACGUGUCCCGGCCGAAAUGACUGACAAUCUGGCUCUACUACACUCGUAUAUUCUGGCCAAAGUAUGUCCUUGUUCCAUGGAUUUGCUUUUGGGGAAGGGGGCACAUUCAGAUGACUUCAUUCAUGUGUUCAGUACUUCGAAGUUUUGGUUUCUAUAUUUUUCAUAA